ACAUCUCAGCGACGACGAUCACCUGUGACUGUGAUGGAGAAGUUUGUCCUCAUUCUCUUCGCUGCGCUCGUCUCAACAUCAGGUGCCAGUGAGGUGGUUUAUGCUCAGGUAGGAGAGAAGGUCACCCUAAAGCCUCAAGUGGAAAUCAAGUCAUAUAAAUAUGUGUACUGGAGUUUUGGUAAACAGGACGGCCCUCAACUUGCCUGGCUCAAUCACUUGGGGGGACAGUUCCUCACUAAUGCUACAUCCUGGAAUAAGUUGGCCAUAUCUGAUGUCUCACUGGUCAUCAAACAAAUCCAACCAGAAAACUUUGGGGAGUACUUUUGUAAAAUUACCUCAAAGGAUCCAAUUUUGGAUAUCAAACCCAUCACACUUAUCGAAAUCAAGGUGAGUUUGAACCCAGUCGGUCCUCUGCUGCCUGGACAAUCUCUGACUCUGUCCUGCGAUGUAGAGAGUAGCGAGAAGCCUGAGAUCUACUGGAUGAAUCCCAGAGGAGAGAUAAUGAAUGACACAAAGGGAACAGUCGAUGUGAGAAUCACAAACCAACACCAUGGCAAGUGGACCUGUGUUGUGGCAAAAAAAAAGCAGGUCAAAAUAGAUGUAACUGUUAUUGACCUUUCUCCAGCUCCUUCACUUCCUCAAUACACGUCUACAUCCUCACCCAUCACCAUCCCCUGUUCGAUUCCUACUCAAAUCUCCUGGCUACAGAUCAAAGCUAAGGGUGUGCAGGAAGUUCACUGGCAAUUCUUCCCCGAAACAUCUUCAGGCCUCGAUUCUGAUGGCGCUCAGAGGCUCUUCUCCCUCUCACUGAAAGAUACACUGAGCUGGACCCGAGAACAAGACAGAGAACUGAGUCCUGCACAAGACCCCAAAACAGGAAAUCUGGAUCUGACCAGAAAACUGGGCAGAGUAGAAGACGGAGGAGACUACGUGUGCACUAUGAAAUUUGAAAAUGGCGUGACCCUGAACAGGACAAUACACGUGCAGGUGUUGCAAAUCAUCUCCUCCCCGGGAGAAAACAUCCUCUCUGGCCAGCAGCUCAACCUGACGUGCAGCGUUGGCCGCCCGCUGCCCUCUGACCUCCAUCUCCAGUGGUCCCCACCUAAAAAAACAUCCCUGCCAUCUCUGAAAUCUCAACUGCACCCCACCCAUCUCACCGUCCCAGAAGUGAGCACGGACAAUGGAGGGAAUUGGAGUUGUACGCUGUACCAGGAGGAAAAGCAGCUUACGUCGGCCGUGAUAACUUUGACGAUCGAAACCAAACUGAAUGUGUGGAUGCUGGUGAUCGCAUGCAUCGCUUCAGUCAUCGUGAUCCUCCUCCUCCUCAUCCUCGCUCUCAUCCUCCACAGACGCAGACGUAAGAGAUACCUCAGGCACCAACUCUGCCGAUGCAAAAACCCCAAGCCCAAAGGAUUCUACAGAACAUGAUAUCUCCCAGAGAGAGGGGGAGAGAACAGGACACGACCACCGAUUGAAUUUCUGUCCAGAUAAGAUGGAUUUUUCUGUCCUAUCUACUAAACUGUGAAGCUGUGUUCGCUGUGAGAGACGAAGGUCUGAAAGUUUGAAUCAGAGUUCAGUCAUCGCUGAGAUGCCAGAUGAGACUCAGAAAAAAUAAACGUAUUUUACAGUUGUAUAUAUAAACCUGGUUGGAUUGUGUUUAAUUCCUUAACGAAUCUAAUAUUCAAUUCAAUUUAUGUCAUUGUUUUAUGAUUCUAGUGGCU